UGUGGGAGAGCAACGGUGCUUUGAAGUGAUUGUCUGCAUUGACUUCUUAUUUUAAUUCUCCGUAUAUUUAAAACAAGAUGUCGAAAAGGCAUCGAUUAGACUUAGGAGAUGACUAUUCGUCUAGUAAAAAGAGAUCGUCUGACGGAAAAGACAGAGAUCGCGACAGAGACCGCGACGACCGGCCGAGGGACCGUGACCGCGACCGGGACAGAGACCGUGACCGGGACAGAGAGAAGGACAUGAAGGCCCCCGGUCUCUCGCUCAACCCCAUGAUGGCGGGGGGCGGCGGCGGCGGCGGGGGAGGCAUGCCCCUGCUGAAGCCGCCGGCCGUCCACCAGCAGAUUAACCCCUUCACCAACCUCCCGCACACGCCCCGCUACUACGAGAUCCUGAAGAAGAGGCUGCAGCUGCCCGUGUGGGAGUACAGGGAGCGCUUCAGCGACAUCCUCACACGCCACCAGAGCUUCGUGCUCGUGGGAGAGACGGGCUCCGGGAAGACCACGCAGAUCCCGCAGUGGUGUGUCGACAUGGUGCGAGCGUUGCCGGGGCCCAAGCGGGGCGUGGCCUGCACCCAGCCCAGGAGGGUGGCGGCCAUGAGCGUGGCGCAGAGGGUGGCGGACGAGAUGGACGUCAUGCUGGGGCAGGAGGUGGGCUACUCCAUCCGAUUUGAGGACUGCAGCAGUGCCAAGACCAUCCUCAAGUACAUGACUGACGGAAUGCUGCUGCGAGAGGCCAUGAACGACCCCCUCCUGGAGCGCUACGGCGUGAUCAUUCUGGACGAGGCCCACGAGCGGACGCUGGCCACCGACAUCCUCAUGGGCGUCCUGAAGGAGGUGGUGCGACAGAGGACAGACCUUAAGGUGAUCGUGAUGAGCGCCACGCUGGACGCGGGGAAGUUCCAGGUGUACUUCGACAGCUGCCCCCUGCUGACCAUCCCCGGGCGCACGCACCCCGUGGAGAUCUUCUACACGCCGGAGCCCGAGCGGGACUACCUGGAGGCGGCCAUCCGCACCGUCAUCCAGAUACACAUGUGCGAGGAGGAAGAGGGCGACGUGCUGCUCUUCCUCACAGGACAGGAGGAAAUCGACGAGGCCUGCAAGCGAAUCAAGCGCGAGAUCGACGACCUGGGACCCGAGGUGGGAGACAUCAAGAUCAUCCCGCUCUACUCCACGCUCCCCCCGCAGCAGCAGCAGAGGAUCUUCGAGCCCCCGCCCCCCAGGAAGCCCAACGGAGCCAUAGGACGGAAGGUUGUGGUGUCGACAAACAUCGCCGAGACGUCCCUGACGAUCGACGGCGUGGUGUUCGUGAUCGAUCCCGGAUUUGCCAAGCAGAAGGUGUACAACCCGCGCAUCAGGGUGGAGUCCCUACUGGUGACGGCCAUCAGCAAGGCCUCGGCCCAGCAGCGGGCGGGACGUGCCGGCAGGACACGCCCGGGGAAGUGUUUCCGCCUCUACACGGAGAAGGCCUACAAGACAGAAAUGCAGGACAACACGUACCCUGAGAUCCUGAGGUCCAAUUUGGGCUCAGUUGUCCUGCAGCUGAAGAAGCUCGGUAUUGAUGACCUGGUGCACUUUGACUUCAUGGACCCCCCAGCUCCGGAGACAUUGAUGCGGGCCCUGGAGCUGCUGAACUACCUGGCGGCCCUGAACGACGACGGCGACCUGACGGAGCUGGGCUCCAUGAUGGCCGAGUUCCCCCUGGACCCGCAGCUGGCCAAGAUGGUGAUCGCCAGCUGUGAGUUCAACUGCUCCAACGAGAUCCUGUCCAUCACCGCCAUGCUGUCAGUCCCGCAGUGCUUUGUUCGUCCAACGGAGGCUAAGAAAGCGGCCGAUGAGUCCAAGAUGCGGUUUGCGCACAUAGACGGAGAUCACUUGACUCUGCUCAACGUCUACCACGCAUUCAAACAGAACCAUGAGUCGGCGCAGUGGUGCUACGACAAUUUCGUAAACUACCGCUCGCUGAUGUCUGCCGACAACGUGAGGCAGCAGCUGUCCAGGAUCAUGGACCGCUUCAACCUGCCGCGUAGAAGCACCGAGUUCACCAGCCGAGACUACUACAUCAACAUCCGCCGGGCCCUGGUCACCGGCUUCUUCAUGCAGGUGGCACACUUGGAGCGCACUGGACACUACCUGACAGUGAAGGACAACCAGGUGGUCCAGCUUCACCCUUCCACUGUCCUGGACCACAAGCCAGAGUGGGUGCUGUACAACGAGUUCGUCCUGACCACCAAGAACUACAUCCGCACGUGCACAGACAUCAAACCGGAGUGGCUGAUAAAAAUCGCCCCCCAGUAUUACGAAAUGAGCAACUUCCCACAGUGCGAGGCUAAGAGACAGCUGGAGCGCAUCAUCGCCAAGCUUCAGACCAAGGAGUACUCCCAGUACUGAGGAGCCAGGGGGCCAAGAGGAAGAGGCGUCCACUCCAGUGCCCAAAAGCAUCGGAACUUUAAGUUGUACACCGUGCAUCCGUGUGACAACCUUUACGGAAGAAUUUUUUCGUUUUUUUGUUUUCCUCUACUGUUCAGAUUUUGAUUAUUUUUUUAUAACUUUCUGCUUUUGCUGUUUUUCUUUUGUUUGUUUUGUUUUUUUUGUCCACCAGUAGUGUAGUACAAAACGUUGG